ACAAUCAACAUGUAGCUCUCGACCAUCCCAACGGUGUAGUCCACUAACUCUUCAAUGCCUACGCGCGCAAUUAAAGCUAUCUUCUACACGCGCUUCCAUCAUGAGAAAGGAAACCGCGUCCUCCACCAAGUCCCCCGAGGCAGCAUAACGCCCUCGACCCUCCCCUCCGCGCUCCCCACUCCGCUCUUUCCAUUCCUCUCUGUUACACAGUACCUCAUCCCCACGCAACAGUUCUGCGACCGCCUGCUUACCUUCUGCGUCAAUCACCACCGCGUCAUCGGGUACCCUGUGUGCAUCCGCGAGGGCAAAUACAGCCGGAAUGAGUUCAUUUUCAACUUUGCCGUGGUGAUUGGCGAAAAUGAACUGGAUUGGGCGUGCUAUGGCGAAGUGGUGAGGAAGUUGGGGAGGUUAUUGCGGGGGUUGGAGGAGCAGGGCGGCUUUCUAAGUCGGGAGGAGGCGGGCGUUUGGGAUGAGGAUGAUGGUGGAGGGGUGGGGAGUGAUGAUGAAGGGCUAUCUGGGUUUGGUAUUGGAAGUGGUAGCAAAGUGUACGCGCUGUGUGAGAUGGUGCUAGAGGAUUUGAAUAAUUACGCCGAGUGUAUGAUACCCAUUGAUGAUUCCAACACGAUCAAUCUCAAGCUGUUCCCGACUCGCCCACCUCCUCCACCAAUCCUCGCGCAUCAGGUCCCAUUGCUCACCAUCUCCCUGUCAAGCCUUCAGACUCCCAUAUCCUCCGAUCUCACUCUCAAUCGCAUUCUGUCUUACAUCAACGGCGUAAAUAGCAUCUCGCACAUUGCUCAGCUAGCCGAUACAGACCUCUCGCUGACUAGAAAAGCUAUACAGCACUUGGUGUACUACGGCUGUCUGGUACUCUUAGACAUCUUUAGCUUCGCUGCAAUCUACGCGCCGACAGCGGAGAUUGGUGGAUUCAUCGUGGACGCAGAUUUGAAAGAGGAGUGUAUGAGAUAUGUCAAGGUACCGAGGCUAAGACUAGGCUCGAGUGCGAGGACGAUCCGGGUGGGCAGCGAAUCUGAGAAGAGUCGGGACGAGCGGGGUUCAACAUCUUCUUCGGCAUCACAGCACAACGAAGCGGGAGGUUCAACUCUCAAAACAUCUGAGUUCGACAGCCCCGGCACUACCCAGAUGAAUGAUGAAAGCGAAGACGAAUGGCAAAUCGACCACGAAACCCUAAUCACGCUCUACACAUCCUUGCGCCAGGGUCUGACAUUGAAGAACUGGGUAUUGGAGAACCUCGAUCUUCUGGGCGGUAUCGACGUCCGACGAUUCAUUACCUUUGGUAUUAUAAAGGGCUUCCUGUACCGUGUGCACAAGUACGCCAUCGCCACGUCAACAGCCCUGCCUCCCGCACCACCAACGAGUUUACAAACCUCAGCCGCGACAUCGACUGCGAACCCUAGCAGGGACUCAGACACAGCAACCAUCCGAGGCACUACGCAACGUCAUCACCCCUCGGCCUCUAAUUCGCAACUCCCAUCCCAACCCAAUGUACCCUCGCAUUCCCAUUUCCAGCAUCAGAAUCCGUCCAUUUCCCUCCACAGACCCAGUAUCGCGUCAACGCCUAAUCUCAAUCCUUCCAAGACAGAGGAUCUACACGGACUGAACAGUUUCGUGAGUGAUAGGGAAAGAGAGAGUGGAUUGCCAAUGCUCAAGUUCUUGGAUGGUAUGCAUUGUUUCGAUGAAAUAUGUACUGAGCUGGGGUUGCCGGAGAAAGUAGUAGAAGGGAAAGUAAGAGGGAUGGGCGAGGGGUCGGGUGCUGUAAUCCAUCGGUGAAGUUGAGGAAGCGAUAGAAGCGUAGAGUGUAGAAAGAGUAGCGCGACGUGGGAUUUAAUACCCUUAUUCCCGCUUCGCUAGAUUCGAGGGCUUCUUUCGCAUCCUCCCAUGGGUAUUCAGUCAAACAUCGCCGUCUAUGAAAGGCAAUGCAUCAAAAUACGUAUUAAACGUCGAAGGACUGAAAGGUAGGUCUGAUACCGACGUAGCAGUAGCUAUGUGCCAAUUAAAUCUCCAUGUAGAGCUGGCCAGCUCCAAAGUCGAUAUGCGUGUUAAAUGCCACUGUGAAGCCUGUGGCGGU